AUGUCUGAUCAAAACAUUCUUCCAAGUAAAUACAAUGAAUUAAGAAACAUCUUCAAAUACUAUAUUGAUUCAUACAUUGCGUUAUAUCGGUUAAAAGCGAAAUCUGAAGAAGAACUAAACUCAAUUUACAAUAAGAUCAAAAUAGAAAUGAUAGAUUCAAAGAAAUAUCCUCCACAAAGAGUUAUAGAAGAUAUUUUAGGCAUAAUUCCGUAUAAUAACCGCUAUACAAAGUCAUACUUGGAAAUCGCCAAACAUAUAUCUGAUGAUUAUCAUGUUAUUGAAGUCAAUAAAGUUGAAGCCAUUUCUAACUACCUGUUUUAUAAAGAAUAUGGAAUUAAAAUAUGCAACGCUAAGUUUUUAUUAAAGCAAAAAUUAAUAAAUGUCAAUGUUCAUUCAGAAAAUACAAUUUACAAAGCAAUUAUGGAUAAUGACUUAGAAACAUUCAUAUUAUUCACAGAAACAGAUGGAUUUGAUAAAACUCACAAACCUCAAAGCAGUUUAUAUCCGAGGUAUUACAAAGAAUAUUCAUUACUUGAAUUGUGUUGUUAUCACGGAUCUGUUGAUUGUUUCAAGUUAUUAAGAUCGAAAUUUAAUUCAGAAAUAACUAGAGCAUGUCUAGAAUUAUCAUUUUUAGGUGAAAAUCAAGAAAUCAUGAGUGAAUGUUUGAAGCAUCAUAAACCAGACAAAGAAUGCAUGAAAUAUGCAAUCAUCUCACACAACAUUGAUUUUGUUACAUUCUUGAUGAAUGAAUAUAAAAUAGAGAUCAAUUUAAUCUAUUGUGGAGUUUAUAAUGAUCUUGAUUCAUUUUUAGUUUAUUUUGAUCAAACUAAUGAUAUUAACAAAUGCUUUGUUUAUUCCUCAAUGUUUGAUAUUCCUUACUUUUGUGAAUAUUUCCUCUCACUUGGAGUAAACAUCAAUGAAAAAGAUGAAGAUGGAAAUUCUGCUCUUCAUUAUGCAGUUGUAAAAAAUUGUAAAGAAACAGCUGAAAUUCUUAUUUCAUAUGGUAUAAAUAUAAAUCAAAAUGAAAAACGUGGAUUAACGGCGCUUCAUCAUGCAGCAUUCUAUAAUAACAAAGAAAUAGUAAACCUUCUAAUUGCAAAUGGUGCAAAUAUCAAUGAAAAAGAAAAAUAUGGAAAAACUCCUCUUCUUUUUGCAGCAUCGAAUAUCAAUAAAGAAACAGCUGAACUACUUAUUUCAUAUGGUGAAAAUAUCAAUGAAAACGAUAAUUUUGAAUAUUCCGCUCUUCAUAUUGCAACAUUGGAUGAUAAUAAAGAAGUAAUUGAACUUCUUAUUUCGCAUGGUAUCAAUCUCAAUGAAAAAAAUAAAAAUGGAGAAACAGUGAUUCAUCUAGCAGCAUUCUAUAAUAAAAAAGAAAUGAUCGAACUUCUUAUUUCUCAUGGUGCAAAUAUCAAUGAAAAAGAUAAAGGUGGGGAAACUGCUCUUCAUUGUGCAGCAGAUAAAAACAGCAAAGAGACAGCUGAGCUUCUUAUUUCACAUGGUGCAAAUAUCAAUGAAAAGGAUGAAUUUGAAAAAACUGCUCUUCAUUAUGCGGCCAAUAAAAACAGCAAAGAGACAGCUGAACUUCUUAUUUCACAUGGUGCAAACAUCAAUGAAAAAGAUAAAAUUGGACUAACUGCUCUUCAUUAUGCGGCCGAUAAAAACAGCAAAGAUACAGCUGAACUUCUUAUUUCACAUGGUGCAAACAUCAAUGAAAAAGAUAAAAUUGGACUAACUGCUCUUGAUCGGGCGACAAGAAAUAAUAAUGUAGAGAUAUCCAAACUUCUUAACUCUAUAAUAAAAAAGAAAUGA